AUGGAACGUAGUGCAAAUUUGGAUUUUGAUAUUACGAAAAAUGAUUGGGAAAUGUUUUGUGAUCGACUAGAGCAGUAUUUCAUUGCAAACAAAAUAACAAAUGCUGAAGAAAAAAGAGCAAUUUUGUUGAGUAAAGUGAAUGCAGAGACGUACGAAGAGAUCGCAAAAAUAUGUAAGCCCGUUAAGCCUAAGGACAAAACCUAUGAAGAAAUUAUAACAAAGGUAAAAGAUUAUUUGAAACCGCCAGCAUCAUACCUUGUAUAUAGAUAUGAAUUCAGACUCAGGAAGCAAUCAGACGGCGAGGGUAUAAAAGAAUACGUCACAGCGCUGAAGGUUAUGACAGACAAAUGUAAAUUUACGAACGAAGACGAGCAAGUACUCGAUCAAAUGAUUUGUGGCUUAAGAAGUAAAGCAAUAACGGCGGAAUUAUUAAAACUAGAGAAACCCGAUCUGGAAACAGCAUUAAAAAAAGCUAUGGCAUCAGAGGCAGCUAGUAAAGGCGCAGAAAAAUUGCAAGAAACAAAUACGGAAAUUCAAGAGGUACACAUGCUAAGUCGUGGAAAGUUUUGGCGAAAGCAACAUGAGGGAGAUCAUAGACAGGGACAACGUACAUGGACUAGAAGGGGAAGAACAUUCGGCCGGGCUCGAGGAACGGCGCGAGCACAACAAAUACCGGGAGGCUCUGCUUGUUACCGUUGCGGGGAUUCAAGACACUUCGUGAAGGAUUGUAUAUAUAGCGAAAAUGUAGUAUGCCAUACGUGCGGUGAUAAAGGUCACACUGCUAGAGUUUGUACACAUAGAGCCGGAAAAAAAGAUGCAGAACAAAAGCCGCGAGUAGGUUACGUAAGUGAAUGUGGUAGUAGUAGUAGCUCCGAUGGUGAAAUGUCGCGAGAGUUGAGCCACAUGUAUAUUGAUAAUAAAAGAAGUCUGUACAGUCUGUAUGUACCCGGAAAAACUAGAGUCGAGCCUCAAUAUGUAACGGUCGAAAUAAAUAAAUCUAAAAUUAAAAUGGAAAUAGAUUCGGGCGCGGAACCAGCUAUAAUUCCAAAAGAAAUUAUAAAGAAAUGUUUUCCGAAAGAAACAAUAUAUGAGCCAGAUAUAGAAUUUAGGAACCAUGAUAAUACCGUCAAUAAGCCUGCAGGAAUGUUCAAAGGUGUAACUGUGAGUCUGAACAAUAAGAUAAUUAAAGCUGAUUUAUAUGUAACUGAAUCGUCCGGGCCGCCGAUAAUAGGCAGAGCGUGGCUCAAAGCACUAGGAUUAUGGCCAUUAUUUAAAGACCUAGAUCUGCAUAUAGUUAAAAAUAAAAUUGAUGGUAAUGACAGGCUAAAUAAAAUCUUAGAAAAACAUGCUAAAUUUUUUGAAAAUUCUAAAGGAUCGUUCAAUAGGGCCAAGAUCAGGUUAGAAUUAAAGGAGGAUGCUAAACCGAUAUAUGAGUUAGCGCGAUCUGUACCUUUCGCUUUAAAGGAUAAAAUAGAGAAAGAAUUAGAUAGAUUGGUAGAAGAGAAAAUAUUGGAACCAGUAGAAAUGAGCGAAUGGGCUACCCCGAUCGUGCCGAUACUAAAACCGAAUGGAGAUGUUCGACUUUGUGGAGCUUUCAAUCAAAUGGAGGAAGUUUUGAAAAAUAUAAACGGAGUCGCGGUGGUAGCAGACGACGUAGUGGUAACGGGAAGUGAUGAUGAGGAACAUUUGCGAAAUUUAGAUAUAGUAUUAACGAGUUUAGAAGAAUGCGGUUUGAAAGGACGAGUAAACAAAUGCGAAUUUUUCAAAGAUGAAGUUAAUUAUUUAGGAUAUAAGUUACGGGAUGACACUAUUACAGUAAAUGAAGAAAAGUAUAGAGCAAUAGUUGAUAUGAAAGAACCGGAAAAUCACAAAGAAUUACAGUUAUUAUUAGAACAACAAAACAUGUAA